UGCCAACGCUGCUAUCAGCUGGACUUCCUGGUUUGUUUUGGUUUGUUGUGCUACAUUGACCAUGGCUGCAGAGGGAGAUUUUUUGGCCAGAUACCGUGCUGUGUCAAAUAAACUGAAAAAACGCUUUCUUCGGAAGCCCAAUGUAGCGGAGGCAAGUGAGCAGUUCGGUCAAUUAGCCAAGGAGCUAAAGCAGCAGGACUGUCUGCAGUAUGCUGCCUUCUGUAACUUGGCCAUGGCUCGGUGUGAGCAGACUCUGUUUAAUGCUCCUGGAGAGGCCUUGGCGUUAACUGAUGCUGCCCGUCUCUUUCUCACAUCUGAGAAGGAGAACAGGGCCCUGCAGGCCCCGGGCUUUGAUGAACACCUUCAGGCUGCGCUCAACUGCUACAGCUUUGCAAUCAAGGUGUACAUUGAAAUGAACCAGUCUGUGAUGGCAGCCAGCCUGUGUCUAGAACUUGGCAACGCACUCAAGGAGAUGAACAGACCGGGAGAGGCUAUUGUUCAUUAUCAGAGGGCUGCAGAGUUGCAGACGCAGACACCGAUUGAAGCACUGCUGUCAAUGGGAGAAAUAGCCACAUGUAAAAUUCUCACCCGCGACUAUGAUGGUGCUUUGUCAGUGUUCACAGAGAUGCAGCUGAUAUGUCAGGAGAGAGGACUGCAGCUACCAGGCACCAGCACCCCUGUUGGUGCAUUUCUGGACAUUGUGGCAAAAUGUGAGAUCUCCAGAGUACUACUGCUGAUGCUGCUUGAGCCUCCACCGCAGAAGUUAUUACCAGAACAUGCACAGACCCUGGAGAGAUACGCAUGGGAGUCCUUUGACCCUCACAGCCAAGUGACCUUCCUGCCUGAGAAUGUUUUCCUGCUCCUGCAGUCAGUAGUGAUGGCCUGUCAGGAGAAGGACACAGAGUCCCUCAAGUCUCUUCAGACUGAGCUGUGGCCACUCCUGACUGCUGAGCAGAACCACCUUCUCCACCUGGUGGUUCAGGAGCGCAUCACGCCGUCUGGACAAGGCAUUUAGUACAGCCCAGUUUCUACUCACUUCCUCUGGGAACGAUAUUUUGUAUAAUGGAACAUUCCUGUUUCUGACUGGGUCUGUUGUAAGGCCUGAAUAAGUGUUUUCAAAACUUCAGUGUUGUAACUUGCACUCAGACAAAUGCACGCAAUACAAAACUUUGCCCCUAUUAAGCAAAGUCAUGCAGAUUUAGAAAUCAGUGAAAAUCUAAUAGCUUUGUCUAGUACUGUAUGUUGUCCUUUAUUACCCUGAUGCGAAGAUUUCUGUCAGGAUGCUAACUUAAGACUAAAUUUAAACGAUUUUUAAUGAAAUCUUGUGUGCUUUUAAUCAAGGGAAGGCUACAAAACUGGACCAAUUCAUACAUAUUUAUUAUGUAAUAGUGACUGUUUUGGAUCUUGUUGU